AUGGUUCAAGUGUCAUCCAUUUGUAAAUCCAUCGUCGGCUUCGGUCGAAAAACGAAAACUUAUUUGGAAGAUCUGAAUUUAUUUUCAUCAAUUCCUCCAUCAACAGAUGAACAUCAACUUCAACAAGAAAAGAUUUCCACGAAAUUAUUCCUUACAUUUUUAAUUACAUUAAUGCUAAUUCUUCUUCUAUAUACAUCACUAGUUGACAAUACACAAACAAUUUCUAUUCCAGCACCUUCACUCGUUCAAUAUUCCCGAGCUUAUUCCAAAUAUCAAGAAACAUUAACAUGCCCAUGCACGAAAAUCACCAUCGGCUACUCGAAAUUUCUUCAAAUUGAUUACAAACUUUAUCAAGUAUGUUCAAGUGUACUAGUCACCCAAGAUUGGUUCAACUACCUAACAGCAUAUCAUCUUACCGGUCAAUUAUAUCUGUACGAUUAUCGAUCAGUUAUAAAUAAAAUCUUUCAAGGUUGGAGCACAUUGUGUAAUUUAACAACAGAAAGAAUUUCGGAUGACUUGGACAUUUCAAAUCCAAGUGCAAUCAUUAAUCCAGCAAUUUCUUUGGCAAAUAAUUCAAGAUUUUCUUUUCUCAAUUUCGUUAACUCGACAAACAAACUUUUUGCCGGUGUCCAAACCAACGCAAACUUCUCAACAACACCAGAACUUCGUUUAAUUACGACACCGACGACAUACAACAAUUGUUCGUGCGACCUUUCACCAAAAUGUACUCAUCCAGCUCGAAUCGACGAUUUUCAAGGUAAUGCAACAUUAUGGACCAUUCCAGGAUUCUACAUUGGAUGUUUUUUGAUUGAAUCUUUACUUCAAUCCAAUUUACAAUGCUUCUUCAACCAAUCCUGUAUUGAUCAGUUACAAGUUUACUUAGAUAUAUCAUCAACAAUGAAUAUCACUCAACUCAAUCGAUCUUUACUGAAAAACUUUCAAAUGAAUUCGAUCGUCGAAGAAUUAGUGAACAAUCUGAUGGUCGAACAAUGGAAUUCAUCGAUUUCAUUCGAUAAUUAUUAUUCGGAAUGUCAACCUGCGCAAUGCAUCUACACAGACAAGAUGAGAAACAGUGCGACUUACAUAGUCACAACGAUCAUUGGUCUGAUCGGUGGAUUAGUUAUGGCAUUGAAGUUGAUCGUGCCACGAGUGGUCAUGUUCUUCGGAAAGACUAGAAACAAUGUUGAACGAAUGGAAAUGACCGAACGUAUUCGAGUUAAUCUAAAGAAAUUCCGUGAUUAUUUCAAAAAUUUCAGUACCUUUCGUUCAUUGAACCACUCGGAUGCAUUAAAAUGUCCAUGCACGAAAAUCUCUGUCAACUACAAACAAAUUCUAUCGAUUGAAUAUCAAUUUCACGAAAUAUGUUCAAGUACAUUCCUGAAUCACGAUUGGAUCGUUCAUAUAUCUCAGUGUGAUGUCCAAUACCGAAUGUACUGUAAUGACUUUCGUUGCAGUGGCCCGUACUAUUUCCAAACCAUGCUGAGUUACUGUCAAAUGGUUAAGAAGACCAUUUCCGAUAGUUUAACACAAUUUUAUUCCAAUCAGUAUAUAAGUUCAUCGGUCAUUGCAUAUAAUGUCUUUGAAAGUCAAGUGAGCGAAUUCAUUGCACAGUUCAUCUCCUCGACAACAAAUAGCUUUCUCCUCUCGAUAUUAACCAUACGAGGAACUACGUAUUCGAAUGGUCUACUCGUCGGUCUCUUAUACAAUUUCUUGUUGGAAGUCGAUACAAUCACCAAUCAAAUCACAUUACCAUCGGAAACGUACGACGAUUGUUACUGUGAUCAUACAUCAACGUGCACGGCAUCGUCGGACUUCUAUCUUUCAUUAACAGGAGUUCCAUUAUUGAUCAUUCCGGGAUUUAAGAAAAGUUGCUUUAUGAUCGAUUCAGUAUUAGGGUCGACUUUAGAAUGUUUUUACAAUCGAACAUGUAUUGAUCAGAUCAAAACAUUUUAUUCGGUGUCAUCGGCAAUGGAUAUGAUUCCAUUGAAUGCGAGUUCUCUUACUAGUUUCACAGUGAAUUCAACGAUGAAAGAAGUGACCGAUGAAUUAAUGGUGAACCAAUGGAAGAAAGAGAUUUUGUAUGCGAAUUAUUUCAAUCAAUGCGCUCCUUCGCAGUGUACUUAUAUUUAUACGAUCAAAAACACAGUUCUUUAUAUUAUCACAACAAUCAUCGGCCUUACUGGUGGUUUAAUCACAGCUCUGCGAUUUAUCGUGCCGAAAGUUGUGAAAUUCGUUCGAGGUCGUAUUCAAAAGAGAAAAAACAGAGUUAGCACGAUAAGAAACACCAUUCGAACAUAA